UGAUGACAAGGGGGGUAGAAAGAGAUCACAAUGGCAUAUUGUUCCAAGUAGCACAAAGACUGAAAAAUAGGGAAAAAAAUGAAUUACAUUGUGUUGCUGUGCAGCAGGUUUUGUUAUCCAAGGAUGGGAAGGGAAAGCCACACUCGUUUCCUUGGUGUGAGUGGGUAUUGUUCUGUACCCCGUGGCAGGGUUAGACACGUUGCCAGAGAACAAGUACACAAAGUGGUUAUGGAGACUGGAGAACUUCCAGGACCCUCUUAUUCAGCAAAGUCAGCUCCAUCUGCUUUGCCACACGCUGGCGGACCCCGAGGAAGGCUGUAUUCUCAUGGGUUCUACGACCAGCUGUCCUCUAGUGAAUUCGAGACCCAGGGGGCGUGGCUGCAACACCCAAGUGCAGCUCGAGUGUGGGAUCUUUGCGCUCCGUGUCAGCAGGCUUGCUCACACUUGCCUGGGCCGUUGUCUGGUGCCCUGGUUCCUGUAAUCUGAGAACAAGGUGGCUGUUGUGACCAUCUUCUGAGAGAAGCAUUUCCUCCAACAGGCACUGUCUCUGUUGUAUCCCUUGCUGGGAUACUGUGGGUGUGGCUCUACGUUCUUCCCGUCGCUGUGGAGAAUAAACAGUGACAGCUGCCUCUGGCCAUCAAUUUCGUCUUUAACUGGGAAAUUUUUCCAGCUAUCUCUGAAAACGGAAUUUCUGUUUUGUCUGUCCUGUUUCUGAGGGGUUAGCUGCGUGAUGAGGAUUUUUGUGGCUUUCGAGGGGUCUUUUGAGGCAUUUGAUGUUUCAGCGCAUGAGUCUGUGGAGGCCAUCAAACAGAUGGUAAAGGAUUACUUCCACAUUCCUCUUUCUGAAGACCAGCAAGGCAGGUGGUAUUUAGAGCUGGUAUAUGCCGGAGCUGCCCUAAGGAACAGCUGGAGUCUGUCGGACGUCGGGAUAUCUUUCUGCUCAACUCUCAAAUGUUUCCUUAAGAGAGAAGACAAGCCUACCCUCUGCGUGUUUAAUGCUGUGACCCAGGAGAUGAUGCCGAUAAUGGAGAACAUGUCUAUUCUGGGUAAAAAGGUGUCUGACCUGAGAACUCUGGUAACUCUGAGAUGCGGUUUCCCCGUGAGCGUCUACUGUCUCCGGACACCGAAGGGACUGGAGAUGUAUGACUGCAACACCCUCAGGGACUACCACACUGAUAUCGGCACAACUCUUCGUUUGGAUGUCUGGGAUGGAUGGAAGGAAUUUCUCCUGGGAUGUCUUCUUGGGCAAAAACCUGAAGUCCAACGAUACUUAUCGAAGGAGGGACCAGUUCUCAAGUACCAGAGAAGGGUGGCCCUGUACAUCGCUGCUUUUCACGGGCACACUGAGCUCACUGAAUGGGCUCUGCAGCAGGGCGUGCAGCCCCACGAGGCGGUUGGCGUUCACCCUUGUCGAGCCUGGUGUCGCGAAGCCCUCCACACAGAUGUCUCUAAUUGCCCUGUUCACGCAGCUGCAGAAGCCGGCCAACUGUUAAUUCUGAAGGCCUUUGUCAACUGCAGCGUCCUGUGCCUGGAAUGUAAAAAUGCAGCAGGGCAAACACCCCUGGCCAUCGCAGCAAAACACAAGCAUAAAGACUGUGAAUUGUAUCUGCUGAGUAAAAUGUGCUCCACGGUUUCUUUUCUAAAACUUUCAGUCCCGAUGAGGAUUUAUAUUAAAAUAAAGCAGUGGAUUGUCAGAGCUCAGAGCCACAGGGGCCAUAAAAGUCAUCUUGGUAGAGCAAGGGUCUCUGGGGCAAAAGUUGGAGACUCUGUGGUGGUGGAUGGUUUCACUAAACCGAAAAUGACUUCCCAGAGCUGGCACAAGGCCGGGGACAGGGGCUGGCAAAGCACUCAGAGCAAACCCCCACCUUGCAAGCAACGGUCGAGCAGGAAACACACGGAUUCUUUGAGAAUUUCACAACGGGCCACCAGAAACCAAAUCACAUUGCCACCCUUAGCAAACACAAACAUGUUCUCAGAACGGCAGAGCCAUCAGCAAGAAAACCAGCCGAAGAAAACUGCCCCAGCUGGGGGAGAAGAAAAGCACAUAAGGAAUGCCUACCUCCCCCAGGUCCCGCUCCCUCCAAUUUCAAGAGUGGAUCGCUCCCACCCACUGUCCCUCUGCACCGCACCCGGGGCUGACUGCUUGCUGAGGUCCUUCUCGGAGCACAGCGGGAGGACUCCGAGGGAGAAUGCCAUCUAUUGCUUAGCCGUGGCCAGUGCCUUUAAAGAGAAGCGAUGGCUUCAGCAAUUAGGAAUAGCAAGAGUCCUGGCCAAAAAGAGUGUUUCUAACCUGACUAUCCAAGGAGGUCCAGCAAAGCAUGAAAACCUUCCAGAAACUACACUUUGAAAAUUCACAGCAGCCCUGGUUCGCACAGGUCAAAUCUCCAGUUCUAGCAUCAAUACGUCUAACAGCAGUUCUAAUGCUACGUGACUUCAGAUGUCGGAUGUUUAACAGCAUGCUUGCUUGGACCCUGUGUUAUUAAAAGUUCUCUAGAGGAGCAGAACCCAUAAAAUGAAUAUGUAUUAAGAGGGUUCACUAGGUUGGCUUGCAUUGUGUUAUUUUCAUAGUCCAACAACAGCUGUCUUCACACCGGGGAAACCAGUACCUGCUCAGUCUGGGAGACUGGAUGGUUCCACAGUUCCAACCUGAUGCUGGAGGUGGAAAGGAUUCCUGGUCUUCGUAUGAGUAGACAGAAGAAAGUGGAUUUUCCUAUCAGGGAAGGAAUGCAGCAGCAGCAGCAAUAACAACAGGGGAAACUGAGGCACAAGGGCAAGCAGGCGAAAAGCAAAAGCCUUUCCUGGGACCUCCUUGCAUACUGCUGACGUGGAGACUUGAAUAAGAAUAUAAAAACCCAUAUACUGGAAUUCUUAGGGUUCUCUUGCAGAAGUGUUUCCACUGGUGACGUUUUGCGGGUCCAAAAGCCCAUGCCACGCCCAGUCUCUCGAUGCCUAUGGAUCAGGGUGUAGCCCGCAGCCUCUGCUCCAGCACCUGUCGCAAGCUGCCAUGCUCCCCAUCGUGACAUGAAUGGACUAAACGUCUGAAACUGUAAGCCAAGACCCAACUGAAUGUUUUCUUUCAUAAGAGUCCCUUUGGUCAUGGUGUCUCUUCACAAAACAGAGCAGUAACUAAGACAGCUGCUAUUAGAAGAUGCCAUUUCAGGUGCAUCUACCCACUUUUAAAUAACGCAAUAAAAAAAACCCUCAUACACAUCAGGGGCUCACCUUUAUCCAACCUCUCACACACAGUCUCAGGGGCUAGCCUUUGUCCAGAUAACCCCUCACACACAGUCUCAGGGGCUAGCCUUUGUCCAGAUAACCCCUCACAGUUUUGGAGGUUUAUUUCUUAGUCAAUUCCAGAUCCAGUCAAGUGGUCAUCCAAGGUUAGCCAUCAGGGGUACAGACGUCCAAAUGGCACUUAAACCCUUAAAGGACAGUGCUGUUCUGAUGUCAGAUGUUAAGACGCCCCCCUGAGUCUCAGAAAGAACUCACAAGAAACCAAACAAACAAAAGCUGGCACCCCAAGAUGCCUGUGGGUUGGGAAACCAAGGAGGCUAUUAGAAUGGGAGCUAUAAUUUUUAUUGGGUUUUUUUUGCCUUUUUUCCCCCUAUGUUAAUGCUCUGGAGUUUAAACGCCAUAAAAAUGAAGAAAUAGUAAGAUAACUUUUAAAUAAAUAAAGUUCUGUAUAACAAGAAGAGUUAUUCAGAGUUCCUAGGUUCAGACAUCAUUUAACUUCUUGCUAUUGUUUUCCCAAACCAAAGUGAAGCUUACAUACAUUGAAGUCCCUGAGCUUACAUGUAGUAGAUUUAUCAAGCAUGUGUCUGUGUGAACAGUACUGCAGUAAGCAUGUAGAACAGCUUAGUUACCACAGGAAGUUUCUCCAAGCUGCUGAACAAAUCUCAACCAUUAGAAGACGGAGCUGUGCUUACACCAAGCUCUAGGAAGAAGAUUUGGAAAACACCAGAACACUGCUGUACAUGGGCUCUGAUGUUUUAUGAUUAAUUACAUUGCCCUUUUUGUUUAGGCUUAGUUUGGUUUUGUGAGACAUCAUGUACUACAUAGUUCUGACUGGCCUAGAACUAAUUUUGUACUCAAGUUAGUCUGAAAACCUGUGGCAAUCCCCCUGCCUCAGCCUCCCAAGUGCUAGCAAUUUAAGUCAUUAACUGCCACAUUCCAUCCAAUACUAGGUUGUUUAUUUUAUUACUUCCUGAGUAGUUUGGGUUCUGUGAAUGGAUGUUUCAUAUUAUCUAUUGAAAUGCAUAGGGAUUUAGACUGUCACCGUUUCUUAGGUAUUAUACAUAAAGCAUUUAUGGACACUAUCA